GCUGGCCAUAAAACAUUGCCAGGAUGUCCUUUGUGAAAGGUAGUUAUGGUGUACGUAUUGGGAUUAUGGAACAAUUCUGAAGUUGGAAAAAGGCAGGUUCUUGACCUCUGAAGAUUCUGAGAGCAAUCAUUAAAGCAGCUUAAUAGAAUGACUUCCUGUUAUGUCGUUCAUGAGGCUCCUGUACGAAGAGUUGCUAUCUUUGGAGGGACUCAUGGCAAUGAAUUAUCAGGGGUAUUUUUGGUCAAGCAUUGGGAAGAGAAUGGAGCUGAGAUUCAAAGAACAGGGCUGGAAGUGAGACCAUUUAUUACUAACCCAAGAGCUGUGAAGAAAUGUACGAGAUAUAUUGACUGUGACCUGAACCGAGUUUUUGAUCCUGAUAAUCUUGGCAGGAAAAUGAUAGAAGAUAUUCCAUAUGAAGUGAGAAGGGCUCAGGAAAUCAAUCAUGUAUUUGGUCCAAAAGAUAGUGAUGAUGCCUAUGACCUUAUUUUUGACCUUCACAACACAACUUCUAACAUGGGUGGCACUCUUAUUCUUGAAAACUCCAGGAAUAACUUUACAAUCCAGAUGUUUCAUUAUAUUAAGAAUGCUUUGGCCCCAGAAUGCUGUCCCGUUUUCCUGAUUGAACAUCCUAACUUGAAAUAUGCAACAACUCGAUCUAUAGCAAAACACCCUGUUGGUGUGGAAGUUGGGCCUCAGCCCCAAGGAGUUCUUAGAGCUGAUAUUUUGGACAAAAUGAGAAAGAUUAUCAAACAUGGCCUUGAUUUUGUGCACAUUUUUAAUGAAGGAAAGGAAUUUCCACCAUGUACAAUUGAAAUUUACAAAAUAAUGGAAAAAGUAGAUUAUCCCAGGAAUAAAAACGGUGAAAUUACUGCUGUUAUUCACCCUAGGCUGCAGGAUCAAGACUGGCAGCCACUGAACAAUGGGGAUCCUAUAUUUUUAACUAUUGAUGGAGAGACCAUUAAUUAUGAAGGGGAUUCUACAGUAUACCCAACAUUUGUGAAUGAGGCUGCAUAUUAUGAAAAGAAACAAGCUUUUGUAAAAACAGCCAAAGUAAAACUUACUGCAAAAGGUAUCAGAUCCUCUUUGUUUUAGAACUAGGACAUUUGUAAAAGAUUAUGAAACUUUUUUAGACAUAGGGCCAAAUUCAUUGCUGAUUUCUACUCCAUGUAAUCCAGGUGAAGUCAGUGGGGAUUUAUGGAGCAUAAGUCAAUGCAGAAAUUAACCCUUAAUUUAAAAUGGUGUAUUAAUUAAUUUUGCUAAGCACUUUGAAGAUGAGAAGCACUUUUGAAAUGCAAAGUAUUAUUUUUAGCCACAUUCAAUAGUUUAUUGCAGAUAUUAAAAAUAAAUAUUGCUAGUUUAUAUAGCUAAUUAUUUAAUGCAUUCUGCAAAAUUGUGUCUAUAUAAUAUGCCAAAUUAUUGAUCAGUGUGUUAUAAACUUUUAUCUAAAGAUUUUCCUACAUUCAAAUUUUAAAUCUUUCCCAAAUGUUAUUCAGAAUUGUGCGACCUGAAGUCUAUAUUACUGAAAAAACGCACACUGUGUUAGGAAAUGUUUUCAAUUUGAGUAAGAAAGUUACUCUGAAUAAAAUAAAAUGGAAACCAGGUAUACUUAAAGUAUUAUCUAGUUAAUGUUAAAGACAAAUAAAUCAAAAAUUGAUUUUGUAGAGUUAGUGGCGUAUGUUUAAAUUAAUGUUAUGUGCCCAGGAAUUUACUGGUACAAUAUUAUACUUCAUGGUCAAUAUUUGUGGAAAGUGUAAGAAUUUUGAUGAAAAUUUGAUAAAAUUUCAGCAGCAAUGAAAAUAUAAAGCUUUCUGUAAUUGCAAAGUUUUUCAGUUGUCUGGCUAUGCCAAAAGAAGGACAGGAGACAUUUGACAUUGGUUUAAUCAGGCCGCAACUUUAUUAUUAGAUGUCUGGGACUACCUGGCAGAUAAACAUGGGGUUACCUGCACUGUACACUGUUAUUCCAUAAUUACCCUGGGGGCUUUUACCAGCUCCCCCUCUUUUUCCAUCCAUGCCCCUCUAGCAAAUCCAUUGCCGGGACCUUACCAUACCUGGGGUGAGGGGUUUCCAUCAGCUCCCCCUCUUUUUCCCUCCUGGUCUCUCCAGCAAAUCCAUUGCCGGGACUUUACCAUCCACCCCCGCCUCCUAGGAGGGUUAAGGUUGGCUAUAAGAACGGGGGCUUGGCUCCCUGACAUACCAGUCAUAGAACUCCCCAACCGUCAAUGAACAUUUCUUUUUAAGUCCUUUUCCAAGCCGUUUAUCUGGUCACUGUAUACCUUUCCUGUGGAGUACCUGCACUGGACAUCUGCCACAAGGAGGCACCAGCAAUUAGCUUGGCUGCCUCCUCCCCACACCUAGUCGGGUUCCCAGAAAUUACUGUCCCUCCUAUGGUCCCAAGGAAUUUGGCCACCUCCCUAUUCACAUACCUCCUUGCCUUAUCCACCUUGUGGGGGGGCUCAUAGCUCCCCACCAGACCCUGCACUGAAGCAUGUCUGACCCAAUCAUGUUAACUCCUGGAAAAAGUUCAAGGAUCAGCCUCCAAGUCCCUCCUUGCUCUGAGCACUAGUUCCACCCCUUUAAGCAUUCCCAAUCGUUUUCCCCAAAAUGCACCACAUUAUAUCUGGGGGCUGCUGAUGGGCCCGCACAGCAUAUAGCAUCGGUAUUAGUUGAUCCCAUAACUUGCCCCUUCUUGCAUGCCAACUGAAUAUCGCCUCAUCACCAAAGCCCAGCUGCGAACCCUCGGGCAACCCUGGACAUGUGCCUAUGGGCACAAAAGACAAUACUAUGCCCACAGAUCCAUACCACUGUCUGCAUGGCUGGUCCUCCAAUAUCUGUAAUUAGAUUACGACAAAUUAAUGCUGAUUUACCACCUCAGGCCUUACAUACGUUCGGUACACAUCCAAAUGCCAAUGCCCGAUUGCCUGGAUUGCCUCUGCUCCCAUACCUAGCUGUGCUGCUGCCGUUGCCGCCCCGAUUCUGAAUGAGUGGGAACCAAAUUCAAGGGCUGGCAGCCCCAACCUCAUCAGCCCCCGUCUCAAUAUGGUAACAAGUCGAUAUGCUGUGAGGGGACUCCCGUCACCAUGCAUAAAAAGGGGGCCUUUCCCCGCUGGCCGUAUAUCCCUGUAGGCCUUCAAAGCCCGAACUGGGCAGACCCCAGGCUCACCACCCUGCCGGGGAAUCACAGAUUCACCCCGGCCAACUUGAUCUGUCUUUGACCGUCGCAAGUGUAAUAUCAUUAAAUGCUCCUGCCAUUGUAUAUCCCACAGUUGCAAAGCCCUUCCUGUUGAGUCCCUACCGGACCCAGAUACUAGCUCACUGAUU